GUGUUCGAUGAUAGCAUUCUUCCAUAUCUUUGAUUUGGGUAAGUAAUCACAAAACCCAUUUCCGUUUUUUUUGUUCUUACGAGGGAUACAAAAUGGUCUUAGCUUAACGAUAAUGUCUGAAGACUCUGGGCAGAUGAUGAUGGUUUAUGAUGAUCACUCAGAUCAAAGAUCGUUAUCUUUGGACGAUUCGAGCAGCGCAGAAGAGGAAUCACCAGAUGAAACCAGGCUUUCCUUAGAAUCCACAAAUGAGGCAAUCCCUUAUAUUGGGCAAAGAUUUAUAACUCAUGAUGCUGCUUAUCAAUUCUAUACCGAAUAUGCGAAGCGUUGUGGUUUCUCGAUCCGUCGUCAUCGCACAGAAGGUAAAGAUGGGGUGGGUAAAGGACUUACAAGACGCUACUUUGUCUGCCACCGUGCUGGUAAUACUCCAAUGAAAACCUUAAACGAAAACAAACCUCAGAGAAAUCGAAAGUCAUCUAGAUGUGGAUGUCAAGCUUAUAUGCGGAUAAGCAAGACAGGUGAUGAGUUAGGAGGUCAAGAAUGGCGAGUUACGGGUUUUGCAAACCACCAUAAUCAUGAACUCUUGGAACCAAACCAAGUUCGUUUUCUUCCUGCGUAUCGAACCAUAUCAGAUACGGACAAAAGUCGUAUCCUAAUGUUUGCCAAAACUGGAAUUUCUGUGCAGCAGAUGAUGAGGUUAAUGGAGCUUGAGAAGUGUGUGGAGCCUGGGUAUUUGCCAUUCACAGAGAAGGAUGUUAGGAAUUUGCUUCAAUCAUAUAGGAAAGUGGAUCCAGAGGAUGAGAGUAUAGACUUACUGAGAAUGUGUAGAAACAUCAAGGAAAAAGACCCAAAUUUCAGAUUUGAAUUUACACUUGAUUCAAACAAUAAUAGGUUGGAGAACAUUGCUUGGUCCUAUGCCUCCUCGAUUCAGUCAUAUGAUAUCUUUGGUGAUGCUAUUGUGUUUGAUACUACACAUCGCCUGACUGCUUUUGAUAUGCCUCUUGGAAUAUGGGUUGGGAUGAAUAAUUAUGGUAUGCCUUGCUUCUUUGGUUGUGUCCUCCUAAGAGAGGAGAACUUGAGGUCAUUCUCAUGGGCUCUAAAGGUUGCUGUUGCUGUGGAUUUUAAAGAUCAAGCAGGAGAACAACAAACAAUGCAACAAAAUCUUCAGAACAUUUGCCUGAAAACAGGGGCUCCCAUGGAAUCUCAUGCUGCCACAGUGUUAACGCCUUUUGCAUUUUCUAAGCUCCAAGAACAACUUGUUUUGGCUGCCCACUAUGCAUCAUUUCAGAUGGAAGACGGAUUCCUUGUUAGGCACCACACAAAACUUGAGGGAGGCCGGAAAGUAUACUGGGUGCCACGGGAAGGCAUUGUAAGUUGCAGUUGCCAUCACUUUGAGUUCUCUGGAAUCCUUUGUCGGCAUGCUCUUCGGGUUCUCUCUACAGGAAAUUGCUUCCAAAUCCCAGAGAGGUAUCUUCCUGUCCGCUGGCGUCGAAUCAGCACACCAUCCACCAAGUUCCUUCAGACUAUUCCAAAUGAUCAUGCAGACAGGGUUCAGUUACUACAGAGUAUGGUAUCAACUCUUGUAGGGGAAUCUGCAAAGUCAAAAGAGCGGCUUGAUAUUGCCACUGAUCAGGUUUCCAUCCUUAUAUCUCGUAUAAGAGAGCAGCCAGUUUCUUCACAAGGUAUGAGAGAUAUCUCCUCCAUACAUAGGAAUCUUUGAAUUGAGGGAUAUUUUUAAACAUCAUACUUAGAAUUGUUGUAAAAAGCAGAGACAUACCUGAGAAAAUGUGGGGUUAUGACCCCAAGAUGGGUGGUUUUGUAAAGUUAGAUAUGGGAUAUCAGCUUGUUUUUGUGAAGGUAGGGAGCUGGCUUGUGGGUUAAACUUAUUGGAUGCCAUUUUUGUAGUUCUGUUACAUGCAAUCACAAUCAUACAUGGUGUGAAAAUAUUUUAUCCGGCAGAUAUGUAGAGUGAGUUAUAAGAGUUCAAAAUAUGGCUGGGCUAGCAAUAUCGUUGUAGCCAGCGAUUCAACACCUUUGAUCUGGCAUAUGCUGAAGCUAGAAUUGCUGUGGACUUUUGAUGUAUAGCCAAGAUAUCAGUGUCAAAAGGAGUAGAUC